UGUGUUUUAAUAUGUAGCUGAAAUAAAGCACGUCUGAAGCAACACAGAGCUGCAUCAGCAAGAGGGAGUAGAUCUCAGAUGUUGUAGAUGAAUAAUUCCAGAUGACACAAUUCUAUUUACAACACAAGACUGGCGACCCUUCUUUUUCCAUUUCAGUUGUUCUGGACUAUUCUCAUGACUGCUCUUGAUGUUUGGGUUUUCCUCCUCUUUCUUCCCGCAUCCUCUGCUAAUGGUCUGGCUUUACUACUGUACUUUGCACGGCCAGCGUUGUCAUGGAGACCGCUCUGUGUUCUGUCGUAUGGAGGUGCUGAAGCGCUACUGCUCUCUACCGGACUACCAGCGCAUAUGCUGCAAGUCGUGCAGCAAUGUCACCAUCACAGAGCCUGUACCCAACCCCACCUCCACAUCCACCCCCAUCACCUCCAUCUGGCCCCGAGUCACAGCUCCUCCACUCACCAGCAUCCAGAGCUCUGACUUCACCACCCUCCAACCCACCGAAGCCGUCAUCACUACCAGUUCCACUUCUACCAUAAAUUCCUGGCCUGCCACUCAUCCUCCUGCCUCCACCACCCCAACCCAUCAUUCCACACUAACUUCAUGGAGUGUUACAGAAAUGACCACCACUGAUCCCCCAGCUACCACCAGUGCUCAUGUCCUCUCUACCAUCUUCCCCAUGACAAUCACCACAGUUUCCACAACCGUUCCUGAUGUUACUACUCAUCCCUUGCCUCUGCCUGCCCCAGACACAGAUAGGAGCACAGAUCCACUGGUACAAAGAACUACAAAUAGUCCAGCAACAUCUGGUACGAUUCCUGCCACAGAACUUUCAACAACAACCAGUGCAACAAUGGCAGAUCCAGCAGAAAUCACCACACAAACAGACAUUCUCCCAAAAUCCAAACCUGAAAAGAAAACGAUACCAAAGAAAACCCAGCAGAAGGGGAUUCCUUCAAAAGUCAAUCCAAAAAAGAAAACACCACAAAAAAGUCUUCCAAAAAAGCCUGCCCCCCAAAGAUCUAUCCCAAAAAGAAAAACACUGCUCCAAAAAAGACUCCAGCAAACGCUUCUCCAAAAAAGACUCCAGCAAAGACUACUCCAGUGAAAACUACUCCGAAAAAGACUACUCCAGUGAAAACUACUCCGAAAAAGACUACUCCAGUGAAACCUUCUCCCAAAAAGACUACUCCAGUGAAACCUUCUCCCAAAAAGACUACUCCAGUGAAAACUACUCCAAAAAAAACUACUCCAAAAAAGACUACUCCAUCAAAAAAUUCACCAAAAAAGACUGCUCCAUCACAAACUACUCCAAAAAUUACUAAUCCAUCAAAGAGUUCUCCAAAAAGACUACUCUGUCAAACACUACUCCCAAAAACACCACUUCAUCACACACUAUUCCAAAAAAGACUUUUCCAGUAAAGACCACUUCAGAGAAAAAAGUCAAACCUUCCCCUAAAAAGGAGGUUCCACCAAAGAACAAUCCCAAAAAGAACAUUGAGCCAAAGGCAAAAGUUACAAAACAAACUCAGACGAAGACGAACAUCCAAAAGAACCCCAAAUCAGGACCCAAAAGUGUCUUAAACUCACAGGCCAAGGUUAAUCAGAGUAAAACCAAGGUGAAAAAGACAACUCCAAAAAAUAGAACUGUUAAGACACCUUUUUAUUACACCACAACUGUUGCUCCUAAUGCAAGCAACGAACCAUCAAGAGAAGACUUUUCUUCCACUAUCUCUUCCAGCGUUGAUGUAUAUGGUACAACAACAAGCUUGCCUUUCAGUGAGUCAAGAAUCAACGUCACGUACGUCAGAAACAACACAGCUGCUACAGAUGAAACUCCACUGUGGUAUUAUGACAGCACAGACACUGCCGCCACAACACCCAGCACUUUAGAUGAUCCCGUUACACUCACUGCUAACAUUAAUGUUGAGGAUGUCACAAUGCCCAGUGGAACCAUGGCAUAUGGCGACAUCACACUGACUGGCAGCGGUGAUCUUACAGUAGCCAGUGGGAUCAUCAUCAGUGGUGAUGACAUCACAGUGUCCUACAGCAAUGGGGGAGUGGUCAGUGACACCAUGGUGCUGGAUGACGGCCUCACCAUGGUGAUCCCAACCAUAAACAGUGAGGACGUGACAGAACUCGCCUCGUCGCCCUGGCUGGACCUGUCGGAGUACAUCCCUGUGAACAUCCCUUUUCCCACGACAACGCCAGACCCCGCUACUGCCUUACCUCCCACCACGAUCACUCCCACCAAAGGAAAACCAGUCACCAUAACCACCACCACCACCACUCCCUUGACUGAAGAGUCUCGGCAAAGAAUCGAGGACAACAACUCCAUCGACGUCUUGGACAACAGGAUCGUCAACGUGGACAACGACAUCUCUCAGAACAACUUGAUCCCAAAGCAUCGGGUCAAUCUCAGAGAAAGAACCAGGAACAAACGCAUUCAGGAGCUUCUAGAGGAGAAGCGAAACUUUCUCCUCAGAAUGAAGAGAGGCCACACCGUACAAUAGACUUAGCCUUCUCAUUUCUCUUAUAGAGAUGAACUUUUUCUCCUGAAUGCCGCAAUGCUUUAUAUCAGGCCUUUCCACAAAGAAACUUCAUGUCAUAUCACAAUCAGGACAGUUGCAGGGAGAAAAUGUCAUGAUCAAAUGUUUGAACAGUUGCUUUGGAUAAAGAAAAGCCCUUUAGAGAACAAACUGUUGCAGAUUUGAAUCAAAUCGCCUGGUCUGUACAAACACAAUAAUGAGAAACAGGAGGGAUGAAUAGUGUGCGUCCAGUUUGACCAGCCCUAUACAAACCCAAGCUUUUAUUUGUCAAAACCGCCAACAGCCUUGUUUUUGGAUUCAGUGAUGAUGUAGAUAAGAUGUAUGUAGUUUGCAAAAUGGUAUUAUCUCUACUGGCACUUAGCGAGCAACAAAAUCCCCCACCUAGAAUCCAAAUCUCCAUCCCAUCCUAUAUUACAGCCCAGGACUGCAGCUUCCCCCAGACAGAUAUGAAUAUACUCAGUUCCCUACCAACAGCUACUGUAGGAUUAGAUGAAAUUGUUUCCUUGUUAAGUGUCCAACUCUCUGAAUAUCCUAUACAUACUGUGUAAUGGUGCUUUAGGAAGCAGUGUGGUAAUGCCUGACAAUCAGAAAGUCAAAGUUUCCUUUAGGUUAAGUUGCAUUGUGGAAGUUUACACUGGUUGGAUUGUGUUACCAUUUACAAAGCAAAGACUUUCCAAAGGGUUUCUUAUCUCUCAGGAAGCUAGAAUAACAGUGUGAAAGUUUGAUGACAGACAUUGUCAAACUUUUGGUGCUGAAAUGAUAAAUAUUAAUAUCUUGUUAAGCUAAGCAGAAAAAAAACUGAAGAGAAAAACAUAUUUUGAGUGCCGUUUUGUUUUUUUCUUUUUUGAUGGUCAGUCUAGUAUGGUGCUUUUUUGUCAGCGUUGCUAAAGGUAAUGUCCCUCAUGCACUCAUAUAUGUAAGAAAAUGCAACAAAAUAUAUAUAAUAAUAAAAUGAACAAGCCUUUUUAUAUUAGCUUUAUGCAAUCAAAAGCUUUGAGGGCCAGUUUGUUUUCUUUUCUAAAGGUUUAAUUGUUUGUACAUCUCUAACUUGCAGCAACUGCAAAAACACCUACAGAUCUUUCUGUACGAUAUCUGUACAUACGAAAUAGAAGUUAAUGUUUAAUAUUUAUUAAAGUUUAAGUGCCUGUGGUAUUUUGCAAUA